AUGAAUAAAUUAGCGAAUGAAACAAUUAUUACUAUUUUCAACUAUUUAGAAUUUAAACAAGAGAUUGAGAUGCGUCUUGUUUCAAAACGAUUCAAGGAAAUAUUUAAAUUUAUAUAUCCUGAUGAUAAUAUCAAUUACCAAUAUUUUUCUGAUAAAACUAUAAAUAAAAUCGAUCCCAAUAUUCAUAUUUUAUAUCACCAUGAUUGUUACGUAUAUCCUAAUGAAGAUAAAAGUAGUAGAUAUGUAAAUAUGUUUUAUAUUAUACAUAUUCAUAAUGUUGAUGAUGAAUAUGUAUGGUUAGACGAGAAAAACAAAUUUAAAUAUAAAAGAAAUUCAGACAAUCUUUUGUAUUGUAUUGUGGGUGAUGUUAAUAAAAGUAUUGGAAUAUAUGAAGAGGAUAUCACAUAUUUUUUCUAUGAUAAACGAUUUGUGAGUGAUAGUAAAAAAAGAAUUUGUGACGGAUGUAAGAGAUUUACUAAUCUAGACCGUAAAUAUUUUAAAAAUUAUGAUUGUUAUAUUAAUUGUGAUUCAUACAAAAGAAAUGUAGCGAUAAUUAAUAAUGACGAUAUUUGUUGUAUUACAAGAAUAAUCUUGAAACAAAAAAUCAAAAAUUUAAAAGAUAUUACAAUUACAUUUAACGAGAAAUCAAGAAUAAUAUUAUGUUGUAAUUCUUGUGAAUCAAUCGAUUUAAAAUUUGAAAAAUGUGAAUCUGAUCCUCGUUACAAAUAUCUUUUCUUUUUACAAAAUGAUAAAUUUCUGAAUCUUGAUGAUUUUAGAUAUGAAAGUGAUUAUAUUAAAAACGUAUCACAAAUUAAAGUUUCUUUUGGAAAGGAGAAACAAGCGUUUUUAAUUGAUAGACAUACUUAUAGUAUUUAUUACAAGGAAAAACUAUUCAUAAAGAUAGAGCCUGAUGAUUACACUUUCAGUAAUUGUGGUACAAAUAAUGAGGAUGAGGGAAGACAUGAAUAUAUUAUUUUUAAUUUCAAAGAAGAAAAAUUAAGAGAAAUUCCAGAUAAUUUUACAUGUGAAUAUAAUGGAAAUCCUCUUGAAAAGGUUAAAUUUAAUGGAAGGGAAUGUUUUGAAAUUACUGAUAUUGGUGAAUAUUUCAUUUACAAAGAUGAUAAAUUUUAUC